UUUGCAAAUCAUUGUAUGUUUUGAUGCGAUAUAGCGUUAGACAACUCAAGACGUGAACACUUCCUGCGGUGACCAACAAAUCAACGACAAAAUGAGCGAUCAUUUGGGGAAAGAUAUGCGGAAAGUGAAGAAAGACGACAACGAAGAGGAGGACAAAGAAAAGGAUAUCAAGACUCUGGACGAGGCGGACAUCGCUCUACUCAAGACAUACGGUUCGGGUCAAUACAGUCGGUCCAUCAAGAAAGUGGAGGACGAGAUCCAAUCGAUUCUGAAGCGCGUGAAUGAGUUGACGGGCAUCAAGGAGUCGGACACAGGUCUGGCGCCGCCCGCCCUCUGGGACUUGGCUGCGGACAAACAGACGCUUCAGAACGAACAGCCCCUUCAGGUCGCGCGCUGUACUAAAAUCAUUACCGCCGACAACGAGGACUCCAAAUACAUUAUAAAUGUGAAACAGUUCGCGAAGUUUGUCGUGGAUUUGGCCGACACUGUGGCCCCCACUGACAUCGAGGAAGGCAUGCGAGUGGGCGUCGAUCGCAACAAAUAUCAGAUCCACAUCCCAUUGCCGCCCAAAAUUGAUCCGACGGUGACUAUGAUGCAGGUCGAGGACAAACCGGACGUCACUUACAGCGAUGUCGGCGGCUGUAAAGAGCAGAUCGAGAAGUUGAGAGAAGUGGUCGAAACACCACUUCUUCAUCCCGAACGGUUCGUUAAGUUGGGAAUAGAGCCGCCGAAAGGUGUCCUUUUGUUCGGUCCUCCGGGAACGGGAAAGACUCUGUGCGCGCGCGCCGUCGCCAACAGGACUGACGCUUGUUUUAUAAGAGUUAUCGGCUCUGAAUUGGUCCAGAAAUAUGUCGGAGAGGUAUUGAAAAUGUAG